UUUGGCAUUAAAUCUCUACAAUGAGCCUUGCUCAGAGAAAUGAUUGUCAGCAUAAUUCAAAAGAAAUUUUAGAAGGAAAUGACAAAAUAGCUUGCAGGGAUUUGGCACUAGGAAUACUCUUUUUGUCACAGACUGUGAUUGGAAUUCUGGGAAAUUUUUCUCUUCUAUACCAUUAUGUUUUCCUUCACCAUAGGCAAAGCAGAUUGAGAUUUAUAGAUUUGAUUCUCAUGCACUUGUGUAUAGCUAAUUCUUUAGUUAUUCUUUCAAAUGGAUCUUCCCAGACAAUAGUAGCCUUUGGGUCGAAAUAUUUAUUCAAUGAAUUUGGUUGCCAUGUUACCUUGUACGUCUUCAGAGUGGGCACAACGAUGUCAAUUUGUAGUGUAUGUUUCUUGAGUGUCUUCCAGACAAUUAUAAUCAGCCCCACUAACUCCUGUUGGAAAUAUCAUAAAAUAAAAUCUCCAAAAUACAUUGGCUUCAUCAUAUCUUUCUGCUGGUUGCUACAUAUGGGAGUAAAUUUCAUUUUUCCUCUGUAUAUGUUACAUGCAUCUGGGAAACUAGAAAGCAGAAACAUCACAAAGGAAAGACAUCUGGGAUUCUGUGCUGUUGUAGAUUAUGGGACUACCAUGAACUCAGUCUAUAUUGCAUUAGUAGUAUUGCCUGAGGUUUCUCUUAUUGUGCUAACAAUAUGGGCCAGUGGUUCUACUAUUUUUGUCCUGUACAGACAUAAACAGCAGGUUAAGCACAUUCAUUGCACUAAUGUUUCCCUCAGAUCCCCUGAGUUGAGAGCCACCAAAAGCAUCCUUCUCCUGGCAAGCACAUUUGUAACAUUUUACAUCAUCUCCUCCAUCUUUCACAGUUUCAUUGCCCUUUUUUAUAACCUCAGUUGGUGGUUGGUGAAUAUCUCUUGCCUCAUUUCUCUGUGUUUUCCAACUAUCAGCCCCUUUCUGGUCAUGAGUCAGGAUUCCUCUAUAUCCGUGUUCUGGUUUGUCUGGAUAAGAAACACGAAACAUCUCUUUUCAGCAGAAAUAUAUAAUUGUAUAUUUUCUCGAUCCUUUGUGUUGUGUACUCCUCAAUUCAUUAUGAAAGGCACUACCUAA